GGUUCGGCAAUAACCGGGGGCCGGCGGCUUUUGAUCGGCACUGUUGGGCCUUGUCCCGAAGCUCCGCCUACGCUCCGCUUUUUCUAGAAACCCAGCUUUGCUAUUGACCGUGCUGGACAGCGUCCCAGACGCGUGUGUGAGUCCCCUAUGGCGGAUACGGCCCCUAACGGCCCCCAAGGGGCGGGCGCGGUGCAAUUCAUGAUGACCAAUAAACUGGACACAGCAAUGUGGUUUUCUCGCUUGUUCACAGUUUACUGCUCUGCUUUGUUUGUUCUGCCUCUUCUUGGGUUGCAUGAAGCAGCAAGCUUUUACCAACGUGCUUUGCUGGCAAAUGCUCUUACCAGUGCUCUGAGGCUGCACCAAAGAUUACCGCACUUCCAGUUGAGCAGAGCAUUCCUGGCCCAGGCUUUGUUGGAGGACAGCUGCCACUACCUGUUGUAUUCACUCAUCUUUGUCAAUUCCUACCCUGUUACAAUGAGCAUUUUCCCAGUCUUGUUGUUCUCUUUGCUUCAUGCUGCCACGUAUACAAAAAAGGUCCUUGAUGCAAAGGGUUCAAAUAGUUUACCUCUGCUGAGAUCUGUCUUGGAUAAAUUAAGUGCUAAUCAACAGAAUAUUUUGAAAUUCAUUGCUUGUAACGAAAUAUUCUUGAUGCCUGCUACAGUUUUUAUGCUUUUUAGUGGUCAAGGAAGUUUGCUCCAGCCUUUUAUAUACUAUAGAUUUCUAACUCUUCGAUAUUCCUCUCGAAGAAAUCCAUAUUGUCGGACCUUGUUUAAUGAACUGAGGAUUAUUGUUGAACAUAUAAUAAUGAAACCUGCUUGCCCACUGUUUGUGAGAAGACUUUGUCUCCAGAGCAUUGCCUUUAUAAGCAGACUGGCACCAACAGUUGCGUAGUUUAACAUCCAGCUAAGUUAUGUAUAAUAUAAAUAAGCAUUAUUAGCAGCUGGUACUUCCGCUAGGGUUUGUUAAUUCCAGAUGUAAAACUGACCUCAAUCCAAUUUACAUAAUCUACAUAAAUGCAUCUCAGUGGAAAAAUAAUCAUCUUCCUGGCAUGUUAAAUCAAGCCUUUUAAAAAGUUUCCAAGAAAAUUUUACUGUGCUGUGUUGUUAAGGAUUAAGGAAGUUUGUGUCUGGUGAUAAAUCUAUCAGAUUUUUUUUUUUUAGAUGAUACUGUGCCUUUAUCAUGAAGUACAUUUAUUUCUCUUGUAAAAAUAGCUCUAAAAUUUGUUUCAACCUAAUUGGUAACCUGAAUUUAUAUCUGGCAUGAGCUCAUUAUGGUGAUAUUAACAUAUGUGAAUUCAGUAUGUUUUGAGGCAGUAUUCUUUUGCCAUUCAGUAAUUUUGGUUGAUGAUUUUAACAGAGGCAUUUUCCACUGUAUUUUAUUGUUAUUUGAUCUUUUGUUGCUUUGUUAGGACAGAUUUAUUUUGGAUGUACGAUUAUAAGAGGAAUUCUGCAUGUAUCUUACGCUAUUACCUUCCAAAAUUUUAUUUCCCUAAUUACUUCUGUGGCUUUGAAUAUUUUUUUAAAAGCCUCAGCUUUAAGUUAGCCAGUUGAGUAAGUGUUUGGGGUCACCUAACUGUUUUAUGUCAGAAAGCGGUAGUCAUACAGCUUUCCUUUCAGAGACCCAGUGGGUAACAUUUCUCAAAUAGGAAAUCCUUCUUUUAUAAAUGUGGACACAUGGGUUUUAUUAGUAUUAUUACAGUUUAUAGAACUACCUAGACCAGAUUCUUGACUGCCAGUUUUCUCGGUUUCUUAGGCUUCACUUUUUCUAGACAAUUGCAGCAGUUCAGAUGCCUUUUGAAAGGAAUGUAACUGCAGAUUGAGCAUACUUGGUGUCUAUUCUGAAAUAAUAAUGAAGAUUAUCCUGUAGAUUACAUACUUACCCAUUAAAUCUGCUUUAAAAUGUUAAAUUAAAACGUUUAUAGGUAAGGUAAUUGAUUGGGAAUAGGGCCAGAGGUGGAGUUAUGGGGGAAUAAGUGUACAUUUCAAUUUCAUAGAUAAAUUUAGGGGAAUUGGAUAUAUUAUGCAACUGAUUUGAGUUGUAUAAUAUGUUAAAUCUUGUUCAUUGAGCUUCCGUUAACUCCUUUAUAAAAUUCAGUCUGAUAUUUAUUACUGUUGCAUGAUUGGAAAUGUUUAAAACAUUGCAAAAAUUUUAGUCCAAAAUAAUGUAAUAAUGCUUUUUGUAACCAAUAUUCUUGUGUCUGCAUGUAAUUUGGAGUUUCUCUAAUACAUUUAUUAGUAACUUUUCAGUAACGUCAGUUUUCUUUUUGUUCAAUUUAGCAAUCUCUAGAAAUGUGAUAUCUACUUGAUAGCUCAACUGUAAUCAGCUACUUUUGUAUUUUUGUAAUAUUUAUCUACUAAGUUAGAGAAGCAGCCUCAUGAUAUUCAGUUGAUUUUGUGUGUGUGUCUGUGUAUGUGUGGGGCUAGCCUCAUUAUCUCUAUAUAUGUAAUCUGAUGGUUUUAAGAACUAAAUUUUCUAGAGCAAUAAAGUGACUAUAAUGUUAA